AGGGGUGGACUGGAACCGGAAGGAUGUCGUCUAUGGAGUUAUAGAGGCUGAACCACAAUUUUUGACCACCCCAACAACCGAUCCAGGAUCACCGUACACAGCUCAAAUACGAUUCAACCCCGUUUUGUGAAAAAUAUUGCGCUGAUCCGAGGAGCUGCUGAACCUAUAUUUUACACUGACAUUGGAGUACAAGGGACCUGUUUGAGUCUGACAGAAGACAGGAAACUGAGAACAGGGCAGAGAAAUCAGGCUUUCCAAAUUCCAAACUCAAGAACUGAAUCUACCUCAUCAGGACAUAACGCAAUGGAAAUUGAGUAUGUAACCAUCGGCCUUGACCCCCAAGUAACUGAGUACAUUGUAGAAGAAGCUGAUGUAGAGACUAGCUUCUCGCCUACCCAUGUGAAAUUUGAACAUGAUCAAUAUUUUAAUGAAUGUAAUAGUGAGGUACCUUGUCCCACCCUAGCUACUCAACAAUUUAAAUUGGAACCACAUUCAGGUACCUAUGAACUCACAGAUGUGUACUUGGACCAAAACUCACAAGUCACAGCUCAAGCUGAAACUUGCCAUGAGCAGGUCAUUUAUAUCGCUAAGGAGGGGCAACCCGCUGAAGUACUUUACCAGAUUAAAGAUGAGACGGAAGAAUCAGACUCUGACGUAUCGGGGUGUGGCUGGUUCCAGAGCGCUCCUACAGAGGUCGGCUUAGCUAAUGUUGGGCUUUUGCUUGGAGAAAGCGGAGUUCAGGCAGGGUUCGAGUUUUACGUGUGCACUGAGUGCGGAAAGACCUUCAGAGGGAAGGAGAGCGUGCUGGAGCACCUUCAGAGCCACGCGCAGGACGGCUCGCACACCUGCAUCCAGUGCAAGGAGAAAUUUCCGGAUUCUGGAAGCCUACUCAGGCACGUGCAGUGUGAGCACACGCAUAACGAGGAAUUCCACUGCUCUCUGUGCGGAAUGCGCUUUCAGGCUGCCAAAGCCUAUGCCAGGCACAUGAGGGUUCACUCUGGUGACAAACUGUUUGUCUGCCCUGACUGUGGGAAGAAUUUCCGCCAUAGGUCUAGCCUGUCGAGACAUCAGCAAAAGCAUAGGCACAAGCCUGAGGAGGAGGAGGAUUCUUUAACCCGGUGUGGUUUUAGUCGUAGUAAUAGUACCAGUAGUAUCAGCAGUAGCAGUAGCAGUAGUAGCACUAGUAGCAGCACAAGUAAUAGUAGUAACAGAACUAUUCCGUCGCCUACUCCAUUGCCUAAGCUAGUCAUACAUGGGAGGCAGAAGAAGACUGCACCUAAAUCAUUCUUGUGUGUCAAAUGUGGGAAGAGAUUUAAUCAUUCCUCCAGCCUUUCGCGACACAGGCUGACUCACCAGGAGGAUAAAAAACCGUUGCCCAGCAUCUCCACGGAACUGAAAAGCUCCCCCAAGCAGCCAUCGGCACAGCGAGGAAAACCUUUCACGUGCGCACACUGCGACAAGUGUUUUGCCCACUCCUCAAGCUUCUACAAACAUGUGCAAACUCACGAGCAUAUGCCGUAUCAAUGCUCCCUGUGCCACAAAGGCUUCCUAAAACUAGCAGCCCUCAACAGCCACCAGAAGUGUCACCAAGGCCGCAAGAGACGCCAAGACAGGAAAGUGCAUUCGUGCUUUGAGUGCGGCAAAUCCUUUAACCAUUCUUCAAGCCUUUCCAGACACCGCCAUACUCAUUAGCAAGUGUUAGCGCCUGAGCAAUGUGUGUUAGCUGGGCCGUACGUUUGGCGCUAAUUGCGAGUCUUCGUUGUCACUUUUUCAGUCUCCAUUGGAUUUUAUUCAUUCACUCUCUGAGAAAUUGGUGAUAACACUGUAAAUCUGGCUUGGGUCAAAACUGCCCUUAAGUGGGACACAGUGCUUUGUUCUUUUCUGGUGGUCGUGCAUGGUGUCAGUGAGAUAGGUAUCAGACACAAAUGUAAGUUUAAUCUUUAUUAAGGAGAUGUUUACCUUUAAUAUUGUGCUGAAGUUAAAUGCCUACUGUAUAUAGCUAAUUGCUAUGUAACUGCAAACAAGGGCUAUUAACCGCUAUGCAGUGGCAUAUUACUGCAUAAUUUAUCAAAAUACAUUAAGGCAGUGGUAUCCAAACCUUGUAUUUGGAUAUCUACCAUCCUGUAGAUUUUAAUUUCAACCCCAAUAGGUGUGUUACAGUUUGUAGUUCUAAGACGCGGAAGUAAGUUGCCAUUCUCGAGCCGCGGGUUCUUUCGUCAGAUUUCCAAUGCAUUUUUCCCAUAGGGAUUUCGUUUUCUCCGAAAGUAAGGUCUGCGGUGAAUGUAAUGUUCACGUAUUGUUAUACGAAAUAAAUUACACCCAUUAAUAUCACCACCGUGGAUUUUAAAGCUGUUAUGUGCUUUUAAAAAGUAACUUGCUAUAUUGAAACUACAACAAUGGUUGCAUUCUGCCAACCGUCACUCUAGUUUCCAUACUAGCCCGCCUGCACGCGACAUUCGUAGUGUAAUUUUCUCGUAGAACAAAACGUGAAACUGUCUUUGGCAUGUGUUAAACACAUACCUUUCGGCAGAAAACGAAAUCCCUAUGGGAAAAAGCAUUAGAAAUCUACCGAGGGAACCCAUGGCGAAAGAAACGUCCCGUUUAGCCUACAAAAAGACGUCUUUACUGUAACAUUAUUUGGCACACCUGACUCUACUAAUCACCACCUCAAUGCAAAUUUUUAGCUGCUGAAUGCAGUGUACUUUGUUAGAGUUGGAGUGAAAAUCUACACGAUGAUAGACCUCUAGAAACAGGGCUGAUCACCUCUGCAAGUAGGGCUUGGGUUGAUUUAGUGUUGUAAAGGUGGCCAGGUAAAUUGAGUUCAAAAUUUGCUUGUAGUCCCAAGUCCUUGGGAACUGUAGUUCCUGAUGAGUGGACAUCUUGGAAUGUAGUCCAUAGAGACCAGUAUUGAAACCAGUAUUCAGAGAAGCAGCCCUAUAUGCUGUCAACAGCAUGUCCAAUGUUUUUUUCAUUUUGCUUUAUGAAACACUAACUUAUGAAAGGGAGCCUAAAAUGAUUAAGUCACUGUAAAUUGGAGUAAAUUCUCAGUAAACUGUAGAUCCAAUUUUUUAUUUUAAAGUCAGAAAGCAACAAUAGCUGUAUUGCUGUUGAAUAUAAUUUCCCUCCUACUGCCUCUUCCCACUUGAAGAGUUUUCUUUUUGUGACAUUCUGUGCCUCAGUUGCAGGUUAUAAUUACUGAUUCAUGGCCAAGCUAGUUUUUGGGUCCUCUGUGAAUGCAGUAUGAAAGUGUGUCACAAGAUGGCAGCAGCACACUGUAAGUGAAAAGGAAUAACCUUUCUUGAGGACAUCGGAAGGUGAAAAGCGUUGGCAUUCUGUGAAAGUGUUGUAAAAUAUAAUAUAGCUGUAUCUUAAUCAGUAGUUAACAUGCUUAGUUAAACAGGCAUAUUAUUCAUCCUUUAGAUAAUUGUCCUUAGUUUUUAACUUUGUUCGUUCGUUUUUUGUUUUGUUUUUUUUUGUAUGAAUGAUUCUCAGAAGUGUAUCGAAAUAAAAGAAGACGAUGGACGUGUCGGAAGAAAG